CACAUUUUUCGGAGUAACCGACGGCCCAUCUUGUCUGUUGUGAGACCGUGUAACGGCUUCCACCGCACAUUGUCAUCUCGCGUCUGACCUUCGCGACAGGGUGUCAGAAAGCGCGUUUCACGUGCAAAUGGAGAAUAUACAACACUACCGACCGCUCUCAUACGCGCUUCAUCCCGCGACCACCUCGACCACCGCGUCUUCUUCCAGUCCAGGCCCGGUACAUCUGCCCCCUCAGCCCGCAGAUGACAGUUCUAUGGUUGCGACCACCGACGCGCCAAGUGUCGCGUCUGUUGCGGAGGGGACACCUGUGUCCCACGACGCGUCUUCAGUGACCGAACCUCCGGCGAAACGACGCCCUGGACGACCGAAAGGGUCAAGGGUCAAGAAAGACUCUGCCAAAGCCGUUGCAACGCCUUCACUUCCAGAAGUUAAUGCACAGAAUCAGCAGUACUAUGAAUUCCAAUGGAGGAUGCUGAAUCUAUGUGCUGAGUUCUAUGGAGCUGCGGAGGAACUUGUUAAAAGCACACCACCUCUUGUCAUCGCACAGUGCUAUCAGAUGGGCCCAGGGACUCCCAUGGAUCCAUUGGUCAUGCUCACUGAAGCGAAGCGGACUUGUGAUACCCUCCUCGCCAAUCCUUCUGAGCUGCUAACGAUGCCGCCACCGCCGAUGUAUCCUGCGAUGCCAGCGUUCUACCAGCCACCUCCAAUCGUGGUCGCUAACCCAGCGCCAUAUCCUUUACCAAUGGCACCAAGUUAUGCACACUAUCCUGCGGCAUAUUACCACCCAUACCCGUACGCCGCGCCGCCGCCGCCGCCGCCGCCCCAAGCUUCGGCAUCCGCACCGGCACCGGGUGCCUGGUCUGAUGAAGAAGUGGAACGAUUGAGGAAGCUGGCGGAAGACAGUAAGACAAGGAACACCACCGCAGAACCAGAUUGGGACUGGGUUGUCGGUCAAUGGGGUCAUUCUCGAUCCAGGGAACAAAUCCUCAUGAAAGCGACUGGGUUGAACUUGAGAAACAGCAAGAGGAGAAGAGAUACUGAUGACGCAGCAUCGUCUGCGAGUCCAGCUUUGCCGGCGUCGACACCGGGCGAUACAGCCAGUGCUUCGCCUGUGCCAUCUGCUCCGACCGCCGUUCCGCCCGCCACUGCCGGAUCGGCAACGGCCGUACUGCCCUGGCCGAUGCCGACAUUGGCGGCAGACAUGGCUCCACCGGCGUCGUCAUAUUAUCGCCCACGGCCCGCCGAACCGAUACAGACUCAGUUUGUGUAUCAAAACGGAGCGCCCGCGAAGCCAUAGCACAGGCGCGAUGAUUGUAAAUGUAGCGGUUUUUGCGGGUUCAUCGGGAUAACCACGCCAGCACUUCUCGUUCAGCACAGCCGCGGACUCUGAAGCCUUCUUGUGGACAAUGUAUGCCAUAUAUACUGUCUUGCUGUUGUAAUCAGUACCGCCGUGUAUCUUACCAUAAUCCAGUGCUAAUCUCUUCGAA